UUUUAAUACAGCUGUUUAUGACAAUUGACGCUCUUCUUCUAGCACAAAAAAUUUCAAUUGAUUUUAAUAUAAUCUGAAAACUUGAAAACUCAACUGGAUUUUCUGCAUUUAUUUAGAAUGCAGCCUUUAAUAAGAAAUACUCGUCCCUCUUUGGGUCUUAUUCAACGUUUCUAUUGCUCGGCCAAUAAAGCCGCCGGCGAAACUAAAACUAUACCCAAAAAUGUCUUGGAAGGCAAUCAAACUGCACAAUUGCAAGCUGAAAAUGGUGCUAUUUUCGAUAAGAAACCAUUUAAAAUACACUUAGAUCAAAAUAAAGUCUACAGUUGGUGUCUGUGUGGCAAGUCGAAAAGCCAACCCAUUUGUGAUGGUACUCAUAAAAAUGAAUUUUUGAAAAUUAAAUUGAGGUAAGUAGCGGGAUAAACGAAUAAUGAUAGAUAGAUAGAUAGAUAGAUA